GUCCGCCCCAGCCUUUUUUUUUUCCCGUCGGAGUGGCCGCCAUGGUUUCGAAUCCAGAGCUGCGAGGGGACGACCAAGAACUGCAGCAGCUGCUAGAAGAUGAGCAGCUAGGUGCCGCGCUGCGUCGCAGCUACGUGCCCCACUGGCUGCAUCUGGGCUGGAUCUCCUCCACGGCCGGCGCGGCGGUGAAAGGAAUUCCGAUCCCUCAGAGCUUCAAGAACUCCGAGGAGAAAAUCUUCCAACUGAAAGACGGUGGCACGGUCUCCUUGGAUUGGUGGCAGCAACAACGCUCCGACCGCCCGGUCGUGUUGGUGCUUCCCGGUAUGGCCAACAGUAGCCGCAGUAUCUACAUCCGGUACACCAUGGCACGGUUGGACGAGGCGGGCUUUCAGGCGGUGGCCAUGAACUACCGCGCCGUGGAGCAUUUGGAGAUCACCUCGCCGCAUCUGGGUUGCGCGGACACUUGGAAGGACCUCCCAGAGGUGUUGGAUGUCAUCGAGGAAGCUUGUCCAAAGCAGCCGAUCUUUGCCAUGGGUUUCUCCAUGGGCGGCACCAUCCUCACCAAGUACUUGGGUGAACAAGGCGAACACUGCCGCAUUCGCGCCGCGGUGGCUGUGAGUUGCCCCUUGGCCUACCCGGCGCACCAGGCGGAGCUGGAGAAACGUAAAGUGCUGAGUUUCCUCAUGGCGCAGCCUUUGAAGUUAUGGCUCUUCAAAAAGCGCGCGCAGAUCGCCAAGCUCUGGCCCCAUUGCGAGAUGUCGCAGGUCAUGUCUAGCGGCUCCCUUUUGACGGUGGCCGGCUAUUUUUUGGAGCACCAAGGCUACCACACCGUGUCGGAUUAUUUCCUGCAAAACGAUCCUGAGCCUGUCUUGCACAAGAUCACUUGUCCCACCCUGAUUUUGGGCGCCAAAGACGACCCGUUAAUGAUGCCGGUGCCGCGCCCAACCAUCGCGCGCAACAAGCGGCUGCUCUUGGUGGAGACGGAAGAUGGCGGACACAUGGGCUGGGCCGGCAAGGGCGCCCUGGGUCCCCAGAUCUUCGGUGCUUCCUGGGCAGACGGCCUGGCGGCACGUUUCUUGACCUUUCACGCCAAGCGACCCCUGGCAGCGACGAUUUCAGUGCCGCCGCCGGACACGUCCUUGGCUUCCGCGAUGGACGUGCCACGGUCACGCCUGUGAAUCAUUGGCGGUGGACCAACCCGCAAUGACGGAGAUCAAAA